GGCUGCUGGGGGGACGCGAGGCCCUGAGGAGCGGCGGGCUCCUGGGUCCCGCCCGUUACGGGUUAAUGCUGCUCCCUUGCAGGCCGAUCCUUCCUCUCACCCCGCCGGCGUGCUCUGUCCCUUUCCCUGCCUGGUCUUUUCCGGGCAGGUCAACCCUGGACACGGCCCGCAGCAGCCAUUAGGUUCCCGGGUCCGCUCCUCACGGGCACGGCAGCGGGGCUGCGGCUGAGGGGGCUCGGGAAGAAACGGUCCCCGGGGAGGGCGGGAGGCCCUGCCACCGGCGACAGCUUCUCUGCAGCGGGAUCCACCGGCCUUCGUGUUACCAGGGGGCCCGGGAGGUGAGGUGAUUAUGCCUGCCUCUUCCUCCUCCUCCUCCUCGGGAGGUUUAUCCCACUGCCGUGUCAAGCAGCCAGGCUUCUCAGGGAAGAGGCAGCCUGCCAGGUCGGUGUGGAAGCUGGUCAGGAUAAGGAGAGGUGACAACCGCUAGCCGACUACAAGACUGUCACAAUGAGUUUUGUUGAAUAUGGAGAUACAAUAAAGGAUGGUGACACAGCUAUUGUGUUCUUGGGCCAUGAAUCCAUGUUUCCUGUCAAAGUCCAGCAUGGCACUGUAACUCAGACUAAGUAUGGGGUCAUCAGGCAUUCCACGGACCUCAUAGGCAAGAAGUAUGGCUCCAAAGUGACCUGCAGUAAAGGAGGAUGGGUGUUUAUUCUUCAUCCCACUCCAGAACUGUGGACCAUGAAUCUUCCACACAGGACGCAGAUUCUGUAUUCCACUGACAUCUCUAUAAUCACCAUGAUGUUAGAACUGAAGCCAGGCUCCAUAGUAUGUGAAUCAGGUACAGGCAGCGGAUCCCUCUCCCAUGCUCUCAUCAGGACAGUGGCUCCCACAGGGCACCUGUACACAGUGGAAUUCCACCAACAGCGGGCUGAGAAGGCCAGGGAGGAGUUUCGGGAGCAUGGAGUGGAGCAUCUGGUCACCGUGACCAACCAGGAUGUCUGCAAAAAUGGGUUUGGUGUCUCAAACAUUGCAGAUGCCGUGUUCCUAGAUAUUCCAUCUCCAUGGGAAGCUAUAGGACAUGCAAAGUCAGCGUUAAAAGCUGAAGGUGGCCGCAUCUGUUCUUUCUCCCCCUGCAUCGAACAAGUCCAAAGAACAUGCCUAGCGAUGGAAGAAUACGGUUUUACAGAGAUUAACACCUUGGAAAUUCUGCUCCGAGUGUACAAUGUAAGGACAAUUAGCUUGCAAAUCCCUGACCUUGGAAAAGCAGCUGAGGAUAAUUCUAGCACUGGCUUUGACAGCAGCAACCCAUCAAACCACGGUAGUCUGUGCACUAAUCUGCAGCAAGGAACUGUGCAGUUCAAAAGCGGCGUGCCACUCAGGGAGAUGGUCGGUCACACUGGAUACCUGACCUUUGCCACCAAGAGCCUGUGUUAGUACAUGUUGAGUUUGUGCAGUUUGGAGUGGUUUGUGUGUUUGUGUUUGUUUUCUGUUUUCAUGGUUCUUUUUUGUAGGGCAUCCAAAUUUUUACUUGUCAGGGAAUUCCAUAUAUAGUCAGAUUGGGUUGGAAUAUGCUUUGUUUAAAUAGCACACAAGCAUUAACCAGAGCAGCAUCAAGGGAAUGUUGAAACUCUGGAAUGGUGCUCCACUUGCCGUCAGAAAGAAGAUAAAUUAAUAGUGAAUGGCCAUUCACUGGAAUGUGCAGAAUAAAGAUCCCUCCCGAUAAGAAAGCAAAACAAACAGCACACUAAUUGCAAAUUUUUUCCUCCUCUUUUCUGAAUUACUUUCCCAGGUUUGUGGUUUUAUUUUUUUCUAGCAGCACCAAACACUUCUUUUUUCAACUUCUCUAGUGUCCGUGUUGCUCUUAGCAAUGUGAAAGUGCCUACUUGCUUCAUUUUAGAUAAGAAGGUUGUGAGGUCAUAGGGUUGCCAGCACAACUGAUCACAAAAUUACUGUUUCCUUGGAAUAAGGUUUGGCUGCACAGAGGAUUAUUGGCAAUGCUUAGGAACAUAACCUCUCACUCCAUUCCAGGCUGGCAUCUGCAAAUCAUUUAGAUUACACAAAGGUCAAAGAAGUGUGCUAAAUGUUGGAUUUAGUUUAAAAUAGUAUAUUGUGCUCAUCAAUUUAUAGUAGAAAUUUGGACGUGGAUUCAUACUAUAGUCUUCUAAUAGAUCAUCCACUUUCGUAGUUGAUGAAUCCACUGUCAAAAUUCACUGAAGAGCUGGUUACUAUUACCUGAACACCUUUUUGUAACUGGUGUGGCUGAGGUUCCAUUUGUUUGAUGGUUUAUGUGCAUUACGGUGUACUAUUUUCCUGCAGUUGAAUGACAUAUUGCUUUUGGCAGAAUUUCUGUCUCCAGGUUGCAACAGCAAUGCAAACUUAGUAAAAUCCUCAACCAGCUUUAUUAAUUAAGUUUUCAGACCAUUUACUCUUUGGUCUUCCAUACAAAGCUGGUGGGUGUGAUGAACUAUUUGAAUGCUGGAUUAAAUUUUGUAUUUACAGAUUAAAAUAAUUAUGCAAAUUUAUAAAGUUCCUUCUUUCUGUUUCCUUUUUUUUUUAUUAAAUGAAUUCACAAAUAUUUUUAUUCCAGCCACUAGUACUGUCUCUGAAGCGUUUAGCUGUGCGUUGCAUUCCGUACCUGAAUAUAUUGAUUGCCAUAUAAAAAAAAUAACCAUUCAUAAACUGCUGCCUGAACAUUUGAACCUGAUAUCCCUCCCCCAUUCUUGACAAAAAUAAACAAAGCUAAGCUUUUAACGUGUUAUAGCAGAACGCUAAUCCAUAACGGUUUAAAGAAAGCUCAACCGAUCACGACAGCAAAGAUAAACUGUUGAGCAGAUUAAAGGCAGAAAGCAAUUCUGUUCAACUAAAUCAGUUAUGUAAGUUGGCCUAUAACUGUAGCAGUUCUCCAGAAAUUGUGUUAAAGUUCUCUUUCUACUGCUGUUAAAGGCAUGCAGUGAACUGUGAACACUGCUUAUAUCGUUUGGUAGCUGUAUUCUAGUGACAUGCUUGCAUGCAUAUGCAUAUGCACGUUUGUGUGCUUAAACCACCAGCACAGAAGUAAGGCCAAGGUACUAACGUAAAUCAGAAGAAAGGAUGGGGAAAUACAACGUUAAUGCUACAAGGUUGUUCUUAACUCAGAACAAGGUGAUUCUCGUUCACUAACAAGUGGGAUCCCCAGUCUUCACCAGGGAUAAUUCCAGCCCCAGACUUGAUUCUUUUUUCCUGACAGAUUUUAUUUUAAAACAGUGUAACAUUUAAACAGGACUAAAGAGGAAAAACGUCAUGUUUCUGUCCUACAAAUAGAUAUGGAAUGGAAAUACCGAUGUAUCUUCAUGGAGCUUGAAACAAGGCUGAUGCCUUUUUGCCUACAAAGCCCAAUUCAAACCCCCUUGAAAUAAACCAUUGACUUUGCAUGGUCCCAUAUUGAUUUGAUCCCUGCUGAGGAAGGGCAAGCAUUGCGUAAGAGGAGAAGGAUUUCAUUUCUGCCUUUGCAAUAUUAAAAAGGCUUCUGUGUUUUUGUUGCCAAUCACGGCCAUGGCCAGCAGCACCACACCACUUCCUGCUGUUGCUUUGUUGUCAGGGUCACAAGGGGGAUCUCACACUAUCCAGCAUGGACGGUACUGUGCUGCCAGAACCUCCCACUGGGUAAUUCUGCUUAUGAUCACCCAUGUUUUACAUUCUGGCUACAUUUCCUGCCAAAAGUGGUAAAUCAGAAACAUAGGUCUUUCCUGCCAUACUGGGGGAAUCGGCUGGGGCCACACUUUCAAAGACUCCUUUCUCUUUUUGAUACGUUUUAAUCUUCAGUCUGGAAUGAAACAUCUCUUCUUGCCCUGACACAGUUUGGUCACAAGUUGUCAGGCUGCACAUUUUCAUUGCGGCCAUGCACUUGGAUCCUUCAGUUGUGGACAAGCACCAGUACACAGCUCUGCCCAACAGCCGGCACAGCUUGUCCCGUUGUGCUCCAUGCCCAACAAGCUAGCGUGGAGAGCAGUCUGGGACACCUUGCAACCUACAAGGCAAACAGUAAUGACUAAGAGGAGGCUUGUGAAAUGCUUGAGAGAUCUGCUGCUGUUUGCUGUUAACCUGUGCUUUAAUUAAAGCAUUACAGAUCUGUAUCUCACUGUGGUUGUUUCCUGCUUACCUGUUAGCACAACACUGUUUUCCUCUGAAGAAGAUGUGAUCAUAAAUCCUGCUUGAGAGCCUUAAAGGGAUAAAGUAGCAAAAAUGCUAGGAACUCACUCUUCUGCUUAAUUCCCUACUCUGUCUUCUCCUUAGGUGCUUUGGGAUACGUGAUGGUGAGGAGAUGGUUCUUCCUGGGAAGUGUUCCAGUGAUGAGGGUUCUGGUUCACAGUCACUCCCUCGAGAGUACAUCUGUGCUCCAUUAGUCCUGGUCAACUGGAUGAUUGCGGAAGUCAUGGUGACCCAGAAAGGAGGGGGGCUCAGGGAUGCAGCGAGCCUAGAUCUACUUGUAAAUACUAGCGCGCAUCCCAGCAGAGUCUGCAUCAUUUAGGUGGGCGAGUGCACUGGGCAGCCCACGUCUUCGUGCCUUACCAGGUUCCUUCUGGACAGAGACUGGAGAAAACUGUCACUCCUGGGCUGCAGUUGAGUGGUGUUCGGUGCUCCCAGCUCACCUCCAAUGCCAGUGGGAGCAGCAGAGGCUCGGGAAAGGAGGGUUGAGAAAUGGCUGGGCUGCUUGCGCAAAUGCAAGGGAGGCACGAUGAGAGCAAAGUGGGAGAGUCAGCAUUGCGUAACCAUGAUGUUACACCAAAGGUACGUGCAGCUGUGACUAGUCAAAGGGAGGAAGGGGGUUACUCUAGUACCAGAAAGGACUGUCUGUGUCACCACGAGGGAAAGCACUUACAUGCUGCUGGCCUCUCGAGUGCUCCUGAGGAACUAUGUUGUUCAGAUGCCAAGAGGGGAGCCAGAUUGUGUUAUUUCCUUUCUCCCUACGUGACAGCUUCUGAACUGGAACGAAUCGGCAUCAGUAUCAGUACAGGGAACAAAUAAACCUUGAAUUGUCAAAUAAAAAUAUUCCUCACUGGUAUCCAGGCCUUUACCUGCAUUAUCUCACCCAGGAGCUCUGCGUCCUUUUGUGGGCUGUUCAGGAUGCCCUGUUCUCCUCUGCCGGAGGGCAGUAGCUUUGAACGCUGAGGUUAGCUGUCUGAUAUGCUGAUAGAAAUAAAUGCAGAAGCCAGCUGGGAACAGUGGCCUGUGGGGCAUCUCACUGUACCUGCGUGUUUCUACCUGGCUGCGAAGGUAGAUCACCCACAACUGCGCUUCCCUUAUCGUGGAGUGUCCCUUCCCGUCAUCUUCCCCUCCUUCUGCCCUCAAACCCAAAGCUAACAAACAGCCAAACUGCUAGCAUGCACCUGGUGCUCCGAGGCAGCUCAGAUUGCACAGCCAGGUUUUUGGCAGAGGCAAGCAUUUUCCUUUUGCUCUUUACUGGCCCACAAGGCAGGGAGAAGGACUGGUUUUUUGCCACCCGACCUGGACAUGCAGCCACAGAAGCUCUGCAGAUACGGCAUCUGCCAGGUGCUGUGGGGAGAAACUUCCGGAGUGCUCCUGAGCCCGGGCACCCCCAGAGAGUGGUGUGCUGCCGUGGCAACGGCGCAGCAUCAUUCAAGCCGCUGAAGACCUCAGCCUUAAGUUAUUUCGGCGGUGGGGGCUGAGUGGGUUGAUGCUAAAUAUCUUAUUCCUUUAUAGUUCUUAAGAGGGCGAUUUGCAUGAAUGGUUCCAGUGGAGCUGUGGAGAAGCUCUCCCCGGGGGUCCAGAUAGCUGCAGGAAAUGUCAGAGACGAGGACGGAGUGAAUUCAGAGCUACUGCUCCCAGAAGUGCUGGCUGAGAAGUCAAAGCUAGUAAGUAGAGGAAGGAGCUUUUUCCAUCUUUUUCUGAUAGCGCUGAUACUGAUCCAGCAUGAAGCCCACGUGCAGGACUAGUUCUAGUCAGCUAGGAGAAACUGGUGCUUUAGCAACCUCCCUUUCUAUUAGGCACCAUGCAGGAAGGGGAAGUCUGCAGUGGGAUUUUCCUCUUUCUCUCUUCUGUUGCUUUGGGGGGGGGGGCUGUAGUCCCCCCUCCUUCCUCGAGUCUCAAACACGUGUGCAGUAGUUACCCCUAACACAGGUGUCUGGGACUCGGCAUGGCUGGUCCCUGGGCGCGUGGAAUGAAAGUUUGUGAUGCCAAAAUAGUCUGAGACAGAAGUUACUUUAUUCCACUUGGGGGGGUUGAGGAAGAUGAUGAGACUGUAGGCUCUGUGCUACUUUUUACAUUGGUCCCCUAUGCCCUUAGGAAUUAUCCAUAAAGCACUAUUUCAGAAUAAUUUAAAAAAAAAAAAAAAAUCAAGAGCCACCUAUUCUUAGGAAUCAGCUGGAUUUGAGAACCAAAGCUGCUUGGAGG